CAGUCAUCUCAUUUGCUGAUCAGAUCACGGACAGAUUAUCAGCCUAAAGGAGCAUUAGAAGAAGUCGAGCUCGGAGAUGUCUGAAUAGCAUGUUCUGAACAGUCUUGGCAUGUGUGAAUACAGCGAAGAACUGGUGGGAAAAGAAGCAAGAAAGCAAUGGUUGAUGGUGGACUUUAUUCCAAACUUGUUUGGAUUUGCCCUUCCUUUUGCACUUAAGAUUGACAGAAUCUCAGCACAACACAAGCGCUGCGCUGUAGAGCUCGUAUCACGACUGUAACUUCAACCAGAAGAUUGUGUUCUCUGCUUGCUGCGAUCCUGAAACGGUAUCACUCCAUCUCUGAUUCUGACUGAUCGUGUUGGUGGACCCAUUUGCACCACAAUGUAUGUGCUGUGCACACUGGUGUUGCUGUCUCUCCACAACCUGUUUAGGAGACCCAGGGUCUUGGACCCCUCAGAACCCAAGGCUAUCGAGGGUCCUGAGCAGCACAGACCAGAGGAAGCCAAACUGGGACGCAAGAAGAGGAACAAGCACACCUUGCAUGACGGUUCUGGACCUCUAGAGUCAUCAAGAGCCCAUGACUUUGAAAGAUGCCUAGAUGGACCCAGUAGAGCAAGUAAAAGAAGAUCCGUUCACUUGGAUAAUGUGCACAAGAGGAAGAAGAGAGCACAGCCGGUCCAGCGGUGUGGUCUGCUCGGCCCUGUGGUCAUGUACAGCACAAGAAAGACCUGGGACGUCAGCCACACCCCCUGCCUGCAGGAGCUCUGGAACGAAGACCUCUCAUUGGAUGUUUCAGCGAGUUCCGUGGAUAUCCUGAUGAGUGAUGGUGAAGAGGAGAGCUCCUUCCUCUCGUUGCCCAACUCUGUCCUUCAGCGCCACUGUUUGACCUCUGACCUCUCUGAAGCAGCCACCUCAGAACAGCAGCAGCUGCUCAUACAGACGCUGCAAGAGCGAGUCUGUGAGUUCCAAGCACGUUUGCACAGUGAAGACGCUGCCAAAAGACUCCUGCUACAGCGACUGCAGACACACGACCAGCAGCUCAACCAGCUCAACCUCCUGAAGGAACCUCAGGAGCAGCUCAGACUGCAGGACGGCCAGCUCGACCAAGCUGUGUCCCCUACAGGUGUGAGGAGCUCUAGUGUUUUGACACAGAGGCCUGUGGAUUUCAGUAAAGUUCACUCACAGGAGCAACUGCAAAAAGACGAGGGAGAACAACUCGCUCUCAUUACAGGGCUGCGCACACAGGUCAGGGAGCUGGAGGAGAAACUAGUGGAUCAGACGCAGGAGGUGGAGAGACUGCGCUCUGAGCUGGGGGCGACAGAUCUGGAGAAACAGCUGGAGGUGCUGGAGAGUGAGAACCAGCGGCUCAAACAGGAGCUGAGGGCCAGUCAGACCCAGACCAGCUGCUCUCCCGGCCGCUGCCACCAGAGCCAGGAUGUGGAGGCCCUGCGUGGAGAGCUGUGUCGUAAGGACGAGGAGAGCCGUGAGCAGGAGCUUUGGCUGGCUGCGCUGGAGCAGCAGGUGCAGGAGAGGACGGGUGCAGUAGUUCAGCUGCAGCAGCAGCUGGAGGAGACGGCGAAGCACAGACAGGAGCUCCAGCAGCAGCUGACCUCACGGCUUCCAGACGGUGAGGAGGUGAGGAGUCGCCAGGUCAAGACGGUUGAAGUGGAGUCGGCCCAGUGUAAGCAGGCUUUAAUGGAGGCUCAGGGCCGUAACCAGGCUCUGCAGGAGCAGCUGAGUGUUCAGAGGCAGCUCCUCAGAGAGCUGGAGCAGCAGCUGCACGAGUCUCAGAGAAGCAGCAGUCAGCUCCGCCAGCAGAUCCUAGUGUAUGAGGGUGAGAUGGAGAGAGCUCAGGGUCAGCUGGAAGCAGAGAUGCAGAGUCUGGAGGAGGAGAAGAACCGAGUGAUCGAGGAAGCUUUCAUCAGAGCCGAGAGUGAGAUGAAGGCCGUCCACGAGAACCUAGCAGGUGUGCGGAUGAACCUCCUGACGCUGCAGCCGGCCCUGAGAACCCUCACCUGUGAUUACAACUGUCUGAAGAGACAGGUGCAGGACUUCCCUUACAUGCUGGAGAAAGCCAUCACCGAGGCGAAGCAGGAGAUCUGUCAGGUGAUUGGAGAGGUGAGCAGUGCAAACCAAGAGCUGCUGCGCAAAUACAAGCGGGAGAUGAACCUGAGGAAGAAAUGCCACAACGAACUGGUGCGCCUCAAAGGAAACAUUCGUGUGCUGUGCCGAGUACGUCCCGUAUGUGCUGGAGAAACAGAUGCUGCUGACACCAAAAACAAAGUGACCUUUGACCCUGAUGAUGAUGCUGUUCUCUACUUGUCCAAUAAGGGCAAGCUCAUGACCUUUGAACUUGACAAAGUCUUUCCCACUCAGGCCAGUCAGGAGGAGGUGUUCCAGGAAGUGCAAUCUCUGGUCACUUCCUGUAUUGAUGGCUUCAACGUCUGCAUCUUUGCCUAUGGGCAGACCGGCUCUGGGAAGACCUAUACUAUGGAGGGUGUCCCUGAAGACCCUGGCAUUAACCAGCGUGCUCUGCGGCUGCUCUUCUCUGAAGUGUCGGAGAAAAAGCCCGACUGGGACUAUAAGAUCACCGUCAGCAUGGUGGAAAUCUACAAUGAGACACUUCGGAAUCUGUUGGGUGAUAAUCCCAAUGAGAAGCUGGAUAUAAAGAUGUGUCCGGACGGCAGUAGACAGCUGUACGUGCCAGGACUCACCGAGUUCACCGUGGAGAGCGUGGAGGACAUUAACAAGGUGUUUGACCUGGGACACGUGAACAGGGCGACAGCGUGCACUAAUCUAAACGAGCACAGCUCUCGCUCUCACGCUCUCCUGAUCGUCACAGUGGCAGGGUUCAACUCUUCCACGGGCCACCGCACCUCAGGUAAACUCAAUCUGGUGGAUCUGGCUGGUUCCGAGCGGAUUACUAAAUCUGGCGCCGAGGGCAGCCGUCUGCGUGAGGCUCAGUGCAUCAACAAAUCACUGUCUGCGCUGGGUGACGUCAUCAACGCCCUGCGCUCCAAACACUCACACGUGCCCUUCAGGAACUCACGUCUCACGUACCUGCUGCAGGGCUCGCUCAGCGGAGACAGCAAGACCCUCAUGAUGGUGCAGGUGUCUCCUCUGGAGAGUAACGUCAGUGAGUCGGUUUGCUCUCUGAAGUUCGCUCAGCGUGUUCGUACUGUUGAGAUCGGGCCCUCGUCUUCCUCACGCCGCCAAGUAGAGAACUCCUCUACAUCCUCCUCUCCAACUCAUGACAGCGUGGAGCUGGAUUCUCCACCCGUGACCCCUGUGCCGCUCCCCAUCUCAAGGGCUAGCAGUGCAAGUUCAACCCUCUCCUCCACCUCUAAAACCCCCACAACCCGCCGGAGGUCCCACAGUCAGCUGUCCACAGGACGAACGAAGUUGACGGCGUGAGGAAAACAUCUUGACCAAUCAGCUCCUUUCUUGAUUGAACCAAUGGAAGACCUUGAUUGCUGCAGGGGAGGAGCUUAACCGGCAAAUCAGGGUUGAUGUUGUGAACUAUGAUGGCUAAAGUGAUGUUCCUUUUGAUUGGAGACACUUAAUGAUGUAAUUUUACAGUGACGAUACGUGAUUGAAACUGAUCAACUCUCCCGCUGACCUCUCGACAACACCUGCUGCCUCAGGACGAGAAGAUACUUCUGUUAUGGCAAAGUAUUUCUGGGCAAUAACGCACUUUAGUCUAGUCUAGGCUGUCAUUUGUAAUGUUAAUAUUAUGUAAAUGCCGUUGGUUGCUAGAAGCUUGAAUGUACGUAUAUGUAUAUAUUCAUGUGUCUGAGCAAGAUUUUAAUUUUUAGUCUUGAUCUUGAAGAGAUCUUUUUUUUUUUUCUGCAAGAACAAGUGAAAAUUUCACACCCCAUAAGCUUUGAACAAUUCUGUGUUUCACAGAUGCAAUAUGAAAUACUGCAAAUGUUUAAAUCUCAGUAGCAUUUUGCGUUUUUGUAAAUAGAAACUGAAGGCCGUUGAAAGCCGGACUGUCUUCCUGAUCGAUGCAUGCAUUCAGUGCUCAGUUUUUGUGAAGUGCAGUCAAACCAUGACGGUAUACAGUGUUUGCUCAACAGGACGAGGACUAGAUCUGUAUAUAGAGGUGCAUUUUCGUGACCCCACUCUACUAACACUCAUCUGGAACUGUUUCUGGGGGCUUGCUUGCUUGCUUGUAUUUACAUUGGCGUAGGUUUGUAUGCAGUUUUGUUUUUGUACACUGUUUUUAAUAAAUGCUCCAAACCAAA